CGGUUCAGCUCAGCUGGGAUGCGGACCGCUCCGUACUGGCGUUCGGGUCCUAGAGGUGUCGGUCGUUAAACUGCUCGCGGGAAUCACAAUUUGGACGCGGAGCUACCAUGAACGAGCCGGUUCGGACGCGUGGUGCGUGCCUUUAAAGAUUCUUCUCUUGUGGGAGAAAGAAGAGGAUGUCGUGUCCGCCAGCAAUGAUUCUCGUUCCCGGCUUGAGAACCACGGAGUCCUCCCAAGUCAUCGGUCAUGCUCUCCGGGUUCUGUCGUAAGCUCCAAAUCAGAAUCGCUGUUUCCCGAUGCUACGUUUGAACGAGGGGACCCGAAAACCAUCCCCCGCUGACCAGUGACUCGACACCUCAGGGCAGCGCAUGGCUGACCCAACAAGGUGAGGCUGUGGCCGGGCGCGUGAAUUGUCAAGACCCCGCAAUUAAAUCACAUGGAGGUCAAAGGCCAUCUGAUUACAUCCAUGGGUUUGGUGGGCGCUCCGGAUGUUCAAGUGUCCCACGAUGGCAAGCUGCAGGCUGAGCGGGUUGCGGUUCUGCAAGAGAGGAAGCAGGCCCUGGAGGCUCUGCUGAGCACUCGCGUGGAGGAGCUCAAACUUGUUUGUUUCCAGGAAGCGGAGCUGACUGGGAAGUUGCCACAGGCCUUCCCUCUGGAGACAGGGGAGAAACCCCCAACGGUGCAACGCAGAACUGGCCUGCCUCCCAGGACGGAUCUGCAAGAUGAAGCGGCCCAAAGAAGGCAGGUGAAAGCCAUCUUCACCGGUGCUCUGUACAGACACACGGAGUCGGACAGAAACAUCCCGAAUAGCAAGAGGACGGUCCAUCGGGGAUGUCACACAGAGGACGGUGUCAUGUCAGAGAGCGCAAGCUCCAUGUCAGAUUCAACGUCACAUGACAACGAGUCGUCUCCCGGCGUGGCUGCCGAUCAGCGCUCUUUGUCCCAGCCUCGGCUAACUGUCGGCAGCCCCGACCACAGGAUCAGCAGGAAACUUUCUCCGGUCGAGAUUUACUAUGAAAUGAGAACACGGCGCAAUUCUGUCACAAGCUCUGUCAGUCCAACUCACUCUUUACCAAGAAGUGCAUCUAAUGUUGAAGGCAGAAGUGUUCCAGCGACGCCACUUUUGGCCCGAACGGCACCAAUCAGUGUUCAUGUCAGGUCCGAGGUGUCGGGGAGCAACGGGUCGAAGCAGUGGUCCGGCAGUCCAGAUGUGCCCUAUAUGAUCCCACUCGCCCAGGAGGGCUCCUCCUCGGACCGUAGAAGCGGCCUUUACAACUCCAGAGCCAGACGCAGUAACAGCUCGGAGGCCCUUCUGGAUCGGUCCAGCCUUCCGGACGACCCGGCGCCCAGAAAUGGGAUGCACCCUAAAGGAGGGCCCUACAAGAGUUCGGAAACGCUGACGGAUGGGAAACUACGGCACAUUCACUUGAGCAGCCCCGAAAAACACGUGGACGGAUCUGGGGAGCAGGCCAAAAUGCGCCUGUCCAUGGGGGCCAGGGGGGUGGGCUACAAUGAGCUGCUGAUGGACUACAUCUGGGGAAAGCAGCAAAAGAUGCAAGUGCAACACAACCUCUUCCAGUCCACAGGCAGGAUCUGGCAGGACUUACCCUCUCACUGUUCCUCCACUGGAGGAGUUACUCCCCAUGCAAACGGUUUCUCCCAUUCUCAGGUGCACCUCCCGAGCGCCGCGCCUCCUUACAGCCCCAUGGUUGGUCGAGGGUCUCAAGCUGACAUGCGCAGGGUCAAGGUCACCCGAACCAAAUCUUGUGGACCCUUUAUCCCCUUGCAGCAACACGCUCAGGAUGCCAUCCUGUUGUCACACCUUCCCGCCGCCGGUACCACCACCACGUCCUCCAUCCCCAACCUCCUCCCCUACCAGACGGAACUCUCCGGGCCUGCUUUCAGUCGAAGAGCACCGCAAUUCUCCCUCCCGACCCCCGAGGACUCAACGAGAAGCCUCCACAAAGCCUUGGCUCUGGAAGGCCUCCGAGACUGGUACCUUCGUAACGCCCUUGGAUAUCCCCCUAAGAGCCACGACACAGGCGUUUCACGACUGUCACACCCCCACCCUCUAGCAAUCCCGGCCCAGUCUGCUCAAGGUGAAGCGAGUAACCCCCACAGGCCUCAAAUGUCCCAGUCAGCCAGCUUUCAUGGGCACCCGCUGCAUGGCAGGUCAAUGGAGCUGUCCCUCUAUCAGGAGACUCCUCACUCACAGACACAAGAAGGGGCCCCGAAGGAGCCCAACGCAGACCCGGGCACCCUUGUCUGAGGCAGAGGAACACACACACACACACACGUGCACACACACAUGCAAAAUACCAAGCAUUGACUCCAAGUACAGACCACUUGCUACAAUGUGAGUUCGACAGGGAAACAAAACAUGGCAACCUCAGCAGAAAAAUGACUAACAAACGACAGCAGCAGUACGGCGUGAGAAGCUUUGUCAAGCCUGAUGUCGCUGAACCCAGAACUCCCAAAGGAGGUGAGCGUUUACUAAUAUGGUCAAGCUGCACUACUUCAUGGUACCUUCACAAUAUCCUCAAUAAUAACACAGAGAAGUCUCACAAGAUAUUCAUUUCUUUUUUUUUUUUUCAAAGUUGAAAUCACUAUUUUGUAUCUCUCGAGUUCUAAAAGUUAUAUUGAAGAGAUAAUAUAUUGCUCAAUAUACAAGUAUUAUAACAUGCCAGUGAACAUGUUUGUGGAUAAUAUAGAAAAAAAACUCAAUCUUCAUCUGUAAUUAAUUCUACAACCAUUCCAAUUUGCCAAUGUUGAUACCCAAAAGUUGAAGAACGUAGCAGAUGAGAGUGCCUCCAUGUUUUUAAUAGAGCAAAACUUUCUACUGACCCGUACCGCUUGUAAUUUAGCCUCUAUGAAUCGAAUCGAGUCAAGCAGUUCACGAUGUCACUAAAAUGUGGAGAAUUUGGAACAAUGUCAUCGAUUUAUUUUCAAACAAAGCUGAGGGCUGUUGUGAGGUCUACUGUACUACAGUAGCAUUUGUACUGUACGACAAGAACUUGCGUUGCUUUCUUCAGUUUAAAGGGGAUGUGGCUGUCAUACAGCGCACUUUAUGAACAUCUUAAGCCUUAAAUUCCCUUUGAUUUGCUACCAUGAGAGAUGUCGGGGCUGUAGUGUUGACUGUCAUCAUCAGCCUGUCUGUAAAUAGUGUGGGAUGGAUUGCGUUGAGAACUUACAAGAUGUUUUACUCCCUUACUAACAAUAAGAUUUUUUUUUAAACUAACCACAUGUAACAAACCCCGCUUCCACAUUUAAUCAAUUUGAUUCUCUGUGAAGAAAAACAAGUGAGUCUGGUGGCAUGAAGAGAAUAGGGCUGCUGUUGUUCAGAGUGACUGAGUGAGCAGGUCUCACGCCAGAAAAUGUUUUGCGAGUUCAUCUCUGCAGAUUUGUAUAUGCAAUGAUUUGGCAUUUUGACUUGUUAUUUUACAUCACCUCUUGUUGUUGUCUGAAAACGAAAAAAAAUCGGAUUAUAUUCCAUUACAUGUAUUUCUUAGUCUUUUGAUCAUUCUGCCACAUAAACCUCAGAAAAUGUGAGUAUCAGAUAAUCUUGUAAUUAAUUUGAUGUAAACAGAACCAAGCAUAUUUUUGGGCGUGAUUACUUAGUUGCCAUUUAUGAUCUAUGGACUCAUUUGAAUGUAAUUUUUUUGUUUGAUACUGUAUGUUGAUAAUAUUUCCUACUCUGGUAAAAAAAAAAAAAAAAAGUCGCACCAUGUUGAUUUAAUGUUUUACUGUACACAGCUAUACAGUUUUCUGAAAAGACCAAAUGUCUGUGCACUGGGACUUGAAAUGUAUUUUUCUUAGAGUUGAGAAAAAUGCUAUGAAUUUAGCUCAAGAGCAAAAUUGACUGAUAGUAUAUUCAUAAACUUGACCACUUUGUAGCAAUCUACUGUAGCGUGUUCUCAUCCGUUAAGUGUGGGAAUUCAUGUGUUAGAAGCAUCAUAUUCCGCAGACUUGCUAAUGUCCAAGUCUCUUUUUAAAAAUAUAUAUUUAAAUACCACUGUUCCACCCCCUUUUAUUAGCAGGUCUAUGAAAUCAGGCUCAAUAGGCCUUCCCUAUACUGUAUGUACCCGUAUGUAUGAAAUUGUGCAUUCAUUCUACUACAAUAAAGUUUCAUGUUGCAAUCAA